UGCCCAUCCAAUUACUACCCCAACUCAAAGCAAAAACAACGAACAAUCAACAAGCAACAAUCAACGAUUAGAAAAUGGCUUCUGUGUCUUCUACAUUAGCUUCUUUCAGCUCUUCCUCCGCUCAUUUCAUGGGCCCCCAAAUUUCCAUCAAGAAACCCAGUUCCAUGCCGACACGUGUCCAGUUCCGGCCACUCCGUAUCUCUGCCUCUUGUACAUCAACGGUUGAGAGAGAGAUUUCGCACAUUGCUUCUCCGUCAUCACUAUACGAGGUAUUGGGGAUUCCGGUGGGGGCCACGUGUCAAGAAAUCAAGGCUGCUUACCGGAGACUGGCGCGAGUUCUACACCCGGACGUCUCGUCUAACGGUCAAAAUAGCGCCACCGCACACGAGUUCAUUAAAGUACAUGAAGCUUACUCUACGCUGUCUGAUCCUGAGAAACGCAACGAUUACGAUCGAAUGUUGUUCUCCAGGCUCAGGCGCUCCUUUGCCAUGUCAGCAUCCGCCGCAUCGAUGUCCAGCUCAACUUCUUCUGGAUUUUCUGGUUAUACGAGUCGAACCUGGGAAACUGAUCAAUGUUGGUGAGACUGCGUAUAAAUUAUGUGGGAAUACAGGGUGAUGAGUGGAAAUUAGUAUUUUUUGCUAAUACUUCAGUCUGUAAAUAUGAAAAUGUUUGAACUAAAACAGGCGGCUUUUUUUAUAGCCUGAGUGUAUAAAAGGUUGGAUUUUUGUGUUA